AUGCCGCACAAGAGGGCAAAGCACUCGGACCGCGUGGCGAAGCGCUUCGCCGCCGGCCAGGAUCUCGCACCGGGCGGCGACGACGGCUUCUUCUCCGACAUGCCCAAGGGCGCCAUGCGCAUCCUCCAAGGCGCCAAGGUCCAAGAAGCCUACCGCGCAAAACUGCAGGCCAAGAAGAAGGCCGAGCAAGAUGCAGCCACCAGAGCCAAGACGAAGGCCAAGGUUGCUGCCGACACAAAUUCAUCCAGCGGAGCCAACGACGACGCCACGGAGCUCACCAUUCGACCGGGCGAGAAGCUGCGCGACUUCAACGCGCGCGUCGAGCAAGCCAUGGCCUCCGACAUCCAUGCCUCGUUCCGAUCAGCGACGCGUUCCCAGAUCAAUGCGCGCAAGCGCGAGCGCAGAAAGCUGCGCGCAGCCGGCAUCGACCCGGACGCCGAUCCGGAAGAUGUCGACAAGGAGGAAGCCGCACGCAAGGCCAAGGCCGACAAGGCGGCGGCGCUGCAGGCCAACGAGCCCUCCAAGGCAGACCUCAAGCGCCAACGUCAGACCAUCCAGCAGACCGGCGAGAUCAAGGACUUUGCCAAAGCAUCCCAGGUCAAGAAGAUCAACGACGUGGCUCAGGCACCGCCCACGCUCACGCGCGCACCCCGCGGCGAGUCGGUGCAGGCCAAGACGCGCAAGGCACGUCUCAUCGCCAAGAUCACCGGCAACGACGAGGACGAGGCGGAGGACAAGGUCAAGCAGGCCGAAAAGGCGCGUCAGAAGGGCAGAGUGCCCCAGAAACUCGCCGCCGCCACCGCAGGCGCCAGCGGUACAAAGAGGAAGAACGACGCACACGACGCAACUGGCGAGCCGAGCAUGGCAAGGCAACGCGUGCUUGACGAGGAGCGACAGAAGGCCAUCAAGGCCUACCGACAGGUCAAGGAGAAGAAGAUCCGCGAGUCGGAAUCCAAGCGCGCCAAGAAGGCUUGA